AUGGACCUCCAAUUUCGACCAGCUCUUGCCCCGGCGUCGGAUGUGCCUGCGACCGCAAUGAAUGGCACCGGUACCGCAUGGGACCAGCUUGCCGAAAAGCACUGGUUGAAGGCAGUGCCCACCAGAGCGCGCCCGGAUGCGAUCAAGGAGAUCUGGGACGCGUUAGAGCACGAUGGAUUCCCCGACCAAACCCUGGCAUAUCUCGAGAGCUUGCAAAUCUUCGAACGUCUCCUAUGGCCAACAUACAGCGACGAAGUCUCAAAUCACCAUGUACUUCUCAUUGCCAUCUUCUUCAAUACCAAACAGCGAGCGAACCUCGAGUCAUGGGCAGUCUUCGCAGAUCGAACGGAGGAGUUCUCAAAUAUGUACCGGCGCAUACUGUCCUUGAACUUGGACGGAUCCUUACCGACAAAUUCACGCCUCGAACUUCUGAGCUUCGUCAUUGCUUCUUUCCAGUCCCUUGAGAAAGACUUCAUCCGGAAGGAGUGUGCGCCCCUCGUCUCAAUAUCGAUAUGGUACAAUCUUCACAGCGGUGAUGCACGAACAAGAGCUAUCGAGAAAAGUCCAAGUAGGAAAAAGGCAUGGAAAGCAAUGCAAAAGAGAUUUGAUGCUGCAAAUUCUCAGGUCCAGGCAAGGAUGAAGUUCGAGCGCUCGUGGUUAUUCUCCAUGAUUUUAGAUCUCCUAGUCCGGACGAACACAGUUACGCCUGCUGGAAGCGCAGAGACGACGUAUUGCGAGAGGAUUCUGGAGUUCGUGUGUGAUUUGACCAGCCAGCUUCCCACGAGACGAUACACCAAUACGCUCAUCAAAGACCUAAAUCUUCUGCCCGUCUUACGGAGAUCCAAGCUCUUUCAAAAGUCCGAAAACUCUCUCCUGAGAGAUCUCGCCGCUCUUCUGAGCCACUUCCAGACUUUUGGGAUCGAUGAUGCGGAGGGCAGUGAGAUCACGAAGAAUGCGACGCAAUCAGCACAUUACGAGGAUUUGGCUCAAUUGCAGCGCGUUGCUUUCAAGCAUUUCGAAGAGAAGCUGAAGGUUCUUGCUCUCUCAAAUUAUGCAUCGAUUGACCAGCGAGGUGAGCUUGAGCAGAGCAUUGGCUCGUUGGACGACAGCGAGAUCGAGAAGCUGUGUAAGCUUCUGGGCUUUAGGACUUCAUAUCCCUCAUCGGCUUCGAUACCCUGCGGACGUGGUCUCUGGCAACAGACCUUGCUCGAUGCCUAUCAGAGACCCCAGGAUUUCCGGGAGGUGAUUGCCCAACUGUCAGUGGCGCCCACCGACCAGACACUGUAUGAGGACAAGUAUGUGCAACACGAGGCCUACGAUGGAAAGAAGCCCCUGGCGCUUCCAAAGCUGAACUUGCAAUACCUCUCUCUUAGUGACUUUAUGUGGCGAUCAUUCCAGCUGCACCAGGCCGAGAGCUUCUACAGUAUUCGCAAAGAUCUGGAGAACAUUGUGAAGCGCAUGAAGCCCAAAACUGGCCGUGAAAGGGGCAGUACCACAUUUGAAGGCUUCUCGAAGAUGGCUAUGCCAAUUGAUAAGCCUGCAAUAAUCGAGGUUACUCCGCCAAAAGUUGGCACAACAUACCCCGGGUCUGUUCGGAGCGAAGUCAUCAUCGACCUCGGCAGACUCACUGAGUCUAUGCGUGCCGAAUGGGACAGUCUAAAGCCGAAGGAUACGGUUUUCCUAAUGUCAGUCAUCGCUCCCGACGAAUCAAACGGCAACACUGCUGGCAACAAGCCUACAUUGUCAAGCGAGGCCGGUAUUGAUAGUCUUCGAACAGCAGAGGUCGUCCAGAUACUCGAUGAGAACAACAAGCCGCUACGAGAUACGGCAAAUGGCUAUGUGUCACGGUCACGCAAGCGUCAUUUGUUGAUUGACCUGGAUCCUGUCGCCUUCCAGGCAGACAAGGACAGUGGCAAGUCUGACUUAUAUACCAAACUCAAUGUUAUUGCGCGCAGGCAAGGCCGUGAGAACAACUUCAAGCCAUUGCUUGAGACAGUGCAGAAGCUUGUUCGUACUCAAGAAUCGUUGCCACAUUGGCUGCAAGAGGUCUUCCUCGGUUACGGCGACCCAAAAAGCGCCUCUUUCAUCCAACUCGAAGACAAGAUACUGUCUCUGGACUUCCUAGAUACGUUUGUCGACUGGGAACAUCUCAAAGACAGCUUCCCAGGCAGAGACUUGGAGGGUGUGGCCGUGGACGCUACGACCUUCAGCCCGCCAUAUGUUCUUGAGCCGUUCUCGCAACCCUCUUCAGCGCCUCCCACAAACCCAAAGAAAAGAAGACGCGAGCAGCUAGAAGACACCGAGGACUCGUCGAAAGGCCCAAUCAGAACCAGGACCUAUAAGCCGGAGAAUCAAGGGCCUUAUCCGGUCGAUGUUCCCAAGAAGAACAAGAUUCGUUUCACACCAAAACAGGUGGAGGCUAUUGUCUCUGGCACACAACCCGGUUUGAGUGUAGUCGUGGGUCCCCCUGGCACAGGCAAGACCGAUGUGGCUACCCAGAUAAUCAAUCUGCUCUACCACAACUUCCCGAAAGAGCGUAUACUGCUCAUUGCACACAGCAAUCAAGCGCUGAACCAGCUCUUCCAGAAGAUUGUGGCCCUGGAUAUUGACCCACGACACCUUCUCCGUCUGGGACAUGGCGAAGAGGAGCUGGACACCGAUGCAUCGUACAGCAAGGCUGGCCGUGUUGAUUCCUUCCUCGAGCAACGCCAGGGCUAUUUGUCUGAGGUCAACCGGCUCGCUGCCUCUAUCGGCGCGGAAGGUGCCCACGGCAGCACCUGCGAGACGGCUGAAUACUUUCACCAAGUUUACAUCAAGCCAGCAUGGACCCGUUUCUGGGAGAUGGCCAACUCUCCUACGGCCACUCGUGAGACGAUCCUCACGGCUUUCCCUUUCCAUGCUUUCUUCAGCAAUGCUCCCAUCCCCGAACUCUUCCCAGAAUCCGCCAAUAUCGAAGAUCUCCGCGAUGUUGCUGCCGGCUGCGAACACCACCUGACGCACAUCUUCACGUCUCUGUCCUCCAUCCGCCCGUUCGAGAUCCUCCGCCAUCCGCGGGAUCAAGCCAACCACCUGCUCAUUUCGGAGGCUCGCAUCGUCGCCAUGACCUCCACCCACGCCUCUAUCAACCGCGCCAGUAUCGCCGCCUCGGGCUUCCACUUCUCCUCCCUAAUCAUGGAAGAAGCCGCCCAGAUCACCGAACUCGAAUCCUUCAUCCCAAUCUCUCUUCAAACCCCAACCAACACUCUCACCCGCCUCAUCCUCCUCGGCGACCACCUACAAAACGCGCCCAUCACCACCUCCCAAGCCCUCCGCUCGUACUGCAACCUCUCACAAUCCCUCUUCCACCGUCUGAUCCGCCUCGGCGUCCCCACCGUCCUCCUCGACGCCCAAGGCCGCUGCCGCCCCAGCCUCGCCCGCCUCUUCGCCUGGCGCUACCCUUCGCUGCACAACCUCCCCUCCACAAGCAGCACCCCACCCUUCCUCACCGCCAACGCCGGCUUCCGCUACGACUACCAAUUCCUCGACGUGCCCGCCUACGAAGGUCAAGGGGAGCGCGAACCCAGCCCGCACUUCAUCCAAAACCUCGGCGAGGCCGAAUACGCCGUCGCCCUCUUCCAGUACAUGCGCCUGCUAGGCUACCCGGCCCACAAAAUCACCAUCCUCGCCGCCUACGCGGGCCAGCGCGCCCUGAUCCGCGACGUCCUUGCCCACCGCUGCAAGGGCAACCGGCUCUUCGGCCUACCCAAAGCCGUCUCCACCAUCGACCGCUUCCAGGGCGAGGAGAACGACUACGUCAUCCUGUCGCUCGUGCGCACCAAGUCCGUGGGAUACCUGCGCGACGUGCGCCGCGUCACCGUCGCCCUCAGCCGCGCCCGCCUCGGCCUCUACGUGCUGGGCCGCACGGAGCUGUGGGCCCAGUGUCUAGAGAUGCGGCCGGCCAUGGAGGUGUUGCUGCAGAGGCCCACGACCUUGGAGGUCGUCACGGGCGAGGUCUGGCCUUGUGAGCGGCCGCUGCUUGAGGGUGGUGGCGAGGGGGAGGAGGGACAGCAGCAGCAGCAGGUCCAGGGGACGGAGAUCGAGGGCGUGGAGCACCUGGGUCAGUAUGUGUAUGAGAUGACGCAGGCGAAGGUCAAGGCGUUGGGAGGGCAGGUUGUUGUUGAGGAGCAGAUGGAUGCUGUGCAGGAUAGAGUUGUUGAUGAUGUUGGGGCAGGGCAGGUCGAGGAAUUGAUGGAGGGAGAGGUGGAAGAAGACCCGCUGCAUGAGCAGGUCAUCGUGUAG